AUGCAGCUACCUACUAGUUUUCGAUACAGACGAAGUAGCGAACAAGAAAACCGUCGUGGAAGAGGGCGCACAUUUCGGCGAGACCCUGCCGAUAGCGAACUCUCUUUGGCCAUCCAAGAGAGUAUUGAGUCAGCGAGUGUUCCAUCGUCUAGUAUCCGGCCCAUUGCCGAUCAUGGAGAAUUUGCUGAUUUUGAAUCAAUUAUACCAGCCACUGAAUCUUUAGCUGUGACAGAUACACCUUCAAGAUACCUACAAGCCGUGUCCCAAAGUUCUAGAAGCGGAACUCUGGGAGAGUCUUCUUUUCCUCCUCUGCCUGUGGCUCCUGCAAUUAAUCAACAGAAUUCGCAUCCUGAUGUCCCUUCCAAGAAAACAAUGGCGGCCCAUCUCCGUAGCAAGGUCAACAAGAAGGUGCAUCCUGCCGCCAGUUCAUCAUCUCCUGCUUGGCCUGCCGUUACUCGGGCCCCUUCCCCUGCACAGCCUACAAUUAAUCCUCACGCUUGGCCUGCAGUAAAUUCUGUUUCUGGGCCUGUAUCUAGUUCUGGGCAGAGCAGACCGGCAGUAGAAACUGGAGCCACACCGUCUGCUAGUUCUUUGAUUUCAUCAAAGGCUUCUGGGAGCACGAGCCGCAUGACACAUUCCUCAUCCGCCCCUAAUCUUUCUGAACGUGAACUUCUCAGCACAACAGUAACCGAUUUUCCUCCAGUUUCAGCUGCCUCAGCACAGACACGCAAGCCUCAGCCACCUGCUGUGGAUCAAGCUUUGAAGGUGGAAAAUGUUCACACGGCGAACAAAUCCCUUGUGGAGAAAAUGCGUUCUGCUCUGGGGUUUGAUGAGGACAAAUUCACUGCCUUCAAAGACAUAUCCGGUGAAUACCGCCAAGGCUUAAUGGAUGCGGAGACAUAUCUAUCGUGUGUUGACCAGUUUGGUCUGUCUCAUCUUGUUCCGGAGAUGGCCAGGCUCCUGCCUAAUGCCCCGAAGCAGAAGGAGCUAAUGGAUGCCUACAACCUGAAUAUGGCGUACAGUACCUCGAGGGACACUAUCUCGAGUGACAGUGUAAAACAUGGGAAUGGGUCCAAGAAAGGAAAAGGAAAGGCUGUGGAAUCACCCAGCAGCUCUGUCAAAAACAGUUUUGCCGACAGUGUGAUAAACACUAUAAAUCAGCUACAGUCGAGCUACAGCCAAAGCACUGGAGAAGAGGUUGAGGUUUUGUCGAAGGACGGAUACCGAGGCAGCAAGGCCAAGUCAAAGGUCUUGAUUGACGAUACAGCGAGUGGGGCCGCCGAGUCUACAAAGUCAAGGAGCCAGGUUGACCCAUUACCUGCUGGCAGUGGGGCAACCAAUCAAAAUGCAGGUAUUGGAGAUGGGAAAAGCAAGAAGUGGAAGAAGACAUCGAAGUUCCACAGGGUCCGACUUGGUGAUGACUCUGUUGAAGCAUUCCUGGAUUUGAAAAGUGCUGAGCCAGAGCCGGAUCCUGUACCCAAUGGAAAGGAAGGUUCCUCAGGCAGGCCAAAUGACAGCUUGCCGGUUCGUGGAGUGUGGAAAAAUGGUGGAGGUCAGAAGCUACUGGGAAUGACUUCUAGAGGUUCUAAAAACUGA